CGCGGCAGCCGCUGCGCCCGCGCUCGCUGACAGGCGGGCGGCGGGAGGGCAUGUCCCUCUGCCCCGCGCGCAGGUGGCGGCGGCGACGGUGGCGGCGGCGCCGCCCCGGCUCUCUGUAACUCCCGCCGGCCAUGGCCGGCUCUGUGCCGCGGGGGCCCGAAUCGUGCCGCAUCCGCCGCUAAGGAGAAGCCGCCGCGAUGAGGAAGGGCCGUUCCCGGGGGGACAAAGCGGCGGCGCCGCCGCCGCCGCGGAGAGAGCCCGGGCGGGCGGUGGCCGCCAGCGCGGCGGAGAGAAGAGCCACUCUGCUGGGGGGCGGCGGCGGCAGGAAGGAGCCGGAGGACGCCAGGGCCGUGGGGGCGACUUGCCGGGAGGCGCUGGAGAGGGAGAUGAUAACAGAGUCCACUCCGUUACGUUGCAGGAAGCUCAGCAAUCCUGACAUCUUUUCAUCUGCUGGCAAAACCAAACUCCAUCGUCAGCUAAGUCAAGAUGACUGCAAGCUACGGAGAGGUAGUUUGGCAAGUUCUCUGUCAGGAAAACAGCUGCUUCCUUUAUCAAAUAGUGUCCACAGUGGAGUGGGACAGACAAUAUGGCAGCCACCUGGAGAUACCUCAAACCUGGUCCGCAUGAGAAAUCAGUCUCUAGGACAGUCUGCUCCUUCACUUACUGCUGGUUUGAAGGAGCUGAGUCUCCCCAGAAGAGGAAGCUUCUGUCGGACAAGCAACAGAAAGAGUUUGAUUGUAACAUCCAGCACAUCUCCAACCCUCCCACGACCACAUUCCCCUCUUCAUGGACAUGCAGGUAGCAGCCCUUUGGACAGUCCCAGGAACUUCUCUCCAAAUGCACCUGCUCACUUUUCCUUUGUUCCUGCCCGAAGCCAUGGACACAGAGCAGACAGAACGGAUGGACGCCGCUGGUCUUUGGCCUCCCUUCCUUCAUCCGGAUAUGGAACAAACACUCCCAGUUCAACAGUUUCAUCAUCAUGCUCAUCUCAGGAGAAGCUGCACCAGCUGCCCUUUCAGCCCACGGCAGAUGAACUUCAUUUCCUGACAAAGCAUUUCAGUACUGAGAGCAUCACUGAUGAGGAAGGGCGCCACUCUCCAGCCUUGAGGCCUCGAUCUCGCAGUCUCAGCCCCGGUCGCUCCCCAAUUUCCUUUGACAGUGAAAUAAUAAUGAUGAACCAUGUGUACAAAGAAAGGUUUCCAAAGGCCACGGCACAGAUGGAAGAACGGCUGGCUGAGUUUAUUGCCUCUAAUGCUCCAGAGAACGUGCUGCAAUUAGCAGAUGGGGUCCUAAGUUUCAUUCAUCAUCAAGUUAUUGAACUGGCCAGAGAUUGCCUAGAUAAAUCACGUGAAGGUCUUAUUACUUCUCGGUACUUUUAUGAGCUGCAGGAAAACUUGGAGAAACUUCUUCAGGAUGCCCACGAGCGAUCCGAGAGCUCCGAGGUUGCCUUUGUUACCCAGCUUGUGAAGAAGCUGAUGAUUAUCAUUGCACGACCAGCUCGGCUGCUUGAGUGUCUGGAGUUUGAUCCUGAAGAGUUCUACCACUUGUUAGAAGCUGCAGAAGGCCAUGCCAAGGAAGGACAAGGAAUUAAAUGUGACAUUCCUCGUUAUAUUAUCAGCCAGCUGGGACUCACCAGGGAUCCCCUGGAGGAAAUGGCCCAGCUGAAUAGCUAUGACAGCCCAGACACUCCUGAGACAGAUGAUUCAGUCGAGAGCCGUGGAGCCUCUGUCCAGUCAAAGAAAACUCCAUCUGAAGAAGAGUUUGAAACUAUUAAACUCAUCAGUAAUGGUGCUUAUGGAGCGGUGUAUUUGGUACGACACAAGACCACCCGGCAGCGUUUUGCCAUGAAGAAGAUCAACAAACAGAACCUCAUUUUGAGAAACCAGAUCCAGCAGGCUUUUGUGGAGAGAGAUAUCUUGACGUUUGCUGAGAACCCUUUUGUGGUCAGCAUGUUCUGCUCCUUUGAGACCAAGCGCCACCUGUGUAUGGUGAUGGAGUAUGUGGAAGGAGGUGAUUGUGCUACACUUCUCAAGAACAUUGGUGCCCUACCUGUUGAUAUGGCAAGGAUGUAUUUUGCUGAGACUGUCCUGGCAUUGGAGUACCUGCACAAUUAUGGGAUCGUUCACCGUGACCUAAAACCUGAUAAUCUCCUGAUAACUUCCAUGGGUCAUAUUAAGCUAACCGACUUUGGACUGUCUAAAAUUGGGUUAAUGAGUCUUACAACUAAUCUUUAUGAGGGGCACAUUGAGAAGGACACCAGGGAAUUCCUGGACAAGCAGGUCUGUGGGACUCCAGAAUACAUUGCACCCGAAGUGAUCCUGCGCCAGGGCUAUGGGAAGCCCGUGGACUGGUGGGCCAUGGGAGUUAUCCUGUAUGAGUUUCUAGUUGGCUGUGUUCCUUUCUUUGGUGACACACCUGAAGAGCUGUUUGGACAAGUGAUCAGUGAUGAAAUUGCCUGGCCAGAAGGUGAUGAUGCACUGCCGCCAGAUGCCCAGGACCUCAUUUCUAAGCUUCUCCGUCAAAAUCCUCUGGAAAGAAUGGGAACAGGUAGUGCCUUUGAAGUGAAACAGCAUCGGUUCUUUAAAGAUUUGGACUGGAACGGAUUACUUCGGCAGAAAGCUGAAUUCAUCCCACAGCUGGAAUCCGAGGAUGACACAAGCUAUUUUGACACCCGUUCAGAACGCUACCAACACCUGGAUUCAGAGGAAGAGGAGGACACUAAUGAUGAUGAUCACGUGGAAAUCCGGCAGUUUUCCUCCUGCUCUCCCAGGUUCAGCAAGGUGUACAGCAGCAUGGAACGUCUGUCUAUCCACGAAGAGAGAAAGACUCCACCACCAACGAAACGGAGCCUGAGUGAAGAAAAAGAUGACAGAUUGGACAGCCUUGGUGGCUUGAAGAGUCGAGAUCGCAGCUGGGUGAUUGGGUCUCCUGAAAUACUGCGUAAGCGCUUGUCUAUGUCUGAAUCCUCACACACGGAGAGUGACUCCAGCCCACCCCUGACAGUCCGCCGGCGCUGCUCAGGCCUUCUCGAUAUGCCACGUUUUGCCAUCUCCACUGAGGAGGAGGGAACUGUCCUCAAAAGGCCACAGUCCGAGGGCAUGCUCUUAUCCACUGUGCAAUCACGGGAGGGGCUGCCGGUGCCCAUUCCAGAACAGCCUGUGGAGCAGGAGCUGCAGCUGGAAGGUGAUGCUGGACCUACCACCCCCUCCACGGCUGUCAGCACCGCCUCAACGCUGGCAGCUGGGAGCGCUGCAGAUUUCUCUGAUCCACGAGCUCGCAGUAAUAGCAAUGAAGGCCCAGACUUUACCACUCCAAAAGCCAUCAGCGAUUUGGCAGUGCGGCGAGCACGACACAGGUUGCUCUCUGGGGAAUCAGGGGAGAAACGUACCUCAAGACCUGUCAAUAAAGUGAUUAAAUCAGCAUCCGCUACUGCCUUGUCUCUCCUGAUUCCCUCAGAUCACCACACGUGCUCUCCAUUGGCCAGUCCAAUGUCACCUCAUUCUCUAUCCUCCAACCCAUCUUCGAGGGACUCCUCACCCAGCCGCGACUUUUCUCCUGCUAUCGCAAACCUGAAGCCACCAAUCAUCAUCCAUCGGGCUGGAAAGAAAUACGGUUUCACUCUGCGUGCCAUUCGCGUCUACAUGGGUGACAGUGAUAUCUACACUGUGCAUCACAUGGUCUGGCACGUGGAAGAAGGCGGUCCAGCGAAUGAAGCAGGCCUGCGUGAAGGGGAUCUGAUAACCCAUGUCAACGGGGAGCCGGUCCAUGGGCUGGUGCACACUGAAGUGGUGGAGCUAAUUCUGAAGAGUGGAAAUAAAGUGUCCAUCUCCACCACCCCAUUUGAGAACACGUCCAUCAAAGUUGGUCCAGCCCGAAAAGCCAGCUACAAAUCCAAGAUGGCUCGUAGGAACAAGAAGAGCAAAACUAAGGAUGGUCAGGAAAGUAAGAAGAAGAGUUCUUUGCUGAGGAAGAUCACUAAGCAAGCAUCGCUACUCCACACCAGCCGGAGUUUAUCUUCACUAAACCGCUCUCUGUCUUCUGGGGAAAGUGUGCCUGGCUCUCCAACUCACAACCUGUCUCCUCGGUCACCUACGCAGAGUUACAGAUCCACUCCCGAGUCUGUACACUCAGUUGGUGGCAAUUCUUCCCAGAGCAGCUCUCCUGGUUCCAGUGUUCCAAAUUCUCCAGCCAGCUCCGGACACAUCCGACCCAGCUCUCUGCACGGACUGGCACCAAAGCUUCAGAGGCAGUACAGAUCUCCAAGGCGUAAAUCCGCGGGAAACAUCCCUCUGUCACCACUAGCUCACACUCCCUCGCCCACCCCGCAGUCCACAUCACCGCAGCGCUCCCCAUCUCCUUUACCAGGACACUCAGUUGGCAGCUCCAGUAUUAUCCAGUCUUUUCCAGUAAAACUACACUCCUCUCCACCACUGGUGAGACAAAUUUCCCGCCCCAAAAGUGCUGAGCCCCCCAGGUCUCCUUUACUAAAGAGAGUGCAGUCAGCCGAGAAACUGGCUGCCUCGCUGUCCUCUUCUGAGAAGAAGCUGGCUUCCUCACGCAAGCAUAGCUUGGAUAUCUCUCACUCUGAGUUUAAGAAGGAGAUGCUGCAGAGGGAUCCUAGUCUCCAGAGCUUACAAGAAUCUGCAAAUGAAAUAACGGGUGGCAAAGUUGGGCUAGCGGAAAAAGGGAUGUUGCAGAAGCCGGGCGCACGGAAGCUGGGGGCUAUUCGACAGGAUAGGGUGGAGAGGAGGGAGUCCCUGCAAAAGCAAGAGGCCAUCAGAGAAGUAGAUUCUUCUGAAGAUGAAACAGAUGAUGGUUCAGAAGAUAGUCAGGAUGGUAGAAGACUGGACAAGCCCCCUGACAGUGGAGACCAAGGCUCAGAUUCUUUUAAUGAGGAUAACAAGUUCUCAUCUAAAUUGGAAAGCAAGGAUAGUAUUGAGGAUGAUGCCUUUCUACCUGAAGAUCCAAAAGGUACAGAAGAUUUGCAGAAGGGAAAUAAUCAACAAGCCAAAUCUGUUUCAGAGCCACUGCAAAUCACUGUGCACCCUUCCCCAUCAGAGGUCCUCCCAAGAACUUCUCCAGAAAAAUUACCUAAUUCAGAAAAGCCAUUCCUAAGAUUAGAAACAACUGCAAAGGAACUUAAAUUGCCAGAAAACAAAACUUUUGAGUGUUUUGGUCCAAAAGUCAAAUCUUCUGAAGCAAUCAAAGACCUGGGGCAAACUACCAGUGCUCAGAAACUAACAGAUCGCACAGAGCGUAUGCAGUGCCCGUCUAUCAAACUCCUGGAACUUGAAGAAGGUGGCCCUUCAGGGGCCUCGUGUGGUAAGCUUGACCUGAAAGACCCUCUACUGACAGAAGGCAGUCAGAAAAAGCAAGAUUCCAAACCUCUGCUGGCACUUUCUCCAUGGUGCACGGCAAAAGUGAGCACUCCUCCCUCGGUAAGCCCCACGGAUCGCAGUGAGAAGGAUCACAAGGAGACGCUUCAGCCUGCAGCACAGCACAGCACCUCAUUUCUUUCUCCUGGAAGUGCAAGCGAAACGCUCCCAAAAAGCCCUAGUACUGAGAAGCAACCCAUCUCAUCCCAGGCAGAGUGUGCCUCAACCGCCAGCAAAACGAGCCCAUCAGGCCCUGUCUCAUCCACACUCCUUGUCCCCGGUGCUACCGAAAGAGCUCUCUCCGUGUCUCAGUCAGUGCCACUAGCUCAGAGCGUGUUAGGCCCUUUGAAGCUCAGUAAGUCUGGUUCUGGAGAGGUGGAAAAGAAGAAGGAUUUCCCCCAUUUUGGUGCCUCCUGUAAAGAGGAGAGAGAUUCAAAACAAAAAAGACAGGAAACCUCACAAGCAGGAGUGUGUCAAGAGAAAACCAAACCCUCUAGCACAGACCGUCUGACCACAAGGAGCAGAUCCUGCACAGAGUCAUUAAAUUUAGCAAAGCCCUGGGAGGCAGCGUGUCCCAUGGUGGUGAAAAAGGAGGCAACUUCCUGCAGUGCUAAAGCAUCUGAAGUGCUGGGAGGCAGCUGCAAAAUCACUCCAUCGAAAGAGGUGUCUCAUGCUCUUGGACAAGCAGCUCUGAAAGCCUCUCCUCUGCCAGAUGGCAGCACGAGGCACUGUACAGAAGGGACCCUUGCACAAGCGAAAAGCAAAGAGGUUGGAAACCAGUUAAACCCACAAGACUUUCCCCUGUCACAUGAUGGUGCUGUAAAGAAAACAUAGCAGCAUCCCUGGUACACAUGGACUGGAGCAUUCUACAUUCAGAAUAGAGACUGCAUGUUUGAAUUUUGUAAUAUACACUAAUAUAAAAUAGAACUUGUGUACAUCUAUUUUUGGGAGGGUUUUUUUCAUACUGUUUUUUGUGUUUUUUCAUCCUUGCUAUUCUAUUUUUGUACACAGUAAUGCUUGCCGUCUGAGGUCUCUUUAGAACAGGGUAUCUUUAAAACAGGGCUUAAACAGUUUGUUGAUU